ACUGCUCCACCUCCUGGAUUGCAGAGGGAUGGUUCAAUCCUGCAGAUUGCUGGAUGGUACUAGAAUGUAAAGCAUCAUCACUGUCCAUCCAGUGCUGAGACUGUUCGGAGAUCUGAGAGCAACCACAGUGCAGCAUCACCAGCAUGACCCAGGGAAAGGUCACUGUUAGCAACAAAAGUGCGGAGAAUGGAGGGGGAAAUGGAAAUAACACCGUGAAUCCCUCUGCACCACCUUCCUAUGAAGAGGCCACGUCAGAAGAUGGAAAGAAGGCCAAUUACCUUGUGACAACUCCAUCCAACAUAUAUCCUGGCUGGACACAAGAGGAUGCAGGGAACAGCCCCAGCUACAGCGGCGGACCCUAUUCCGGAGACACCGAGAUGCUGACAUCACAGAGCUGGGAAGAUAACAGAGUGCGCAGGUCAUUUAUUAGGAAGGUCUAUUCAAUCCUGUCACUUCAGCUUUUAGUCACUGUCUCCAUUGUGGCUCUCUUUACCUUCUGUGAUCCAGUUAAGGAAUAUGUCCAGGCAAACCCAGGCUGGUAUUGGGCUUCCUACAUUGUUUUCCUCACAACAUACUUGGUUCUGGCCUGCUGCAGCGGACCAAGGAGGUACUUCCCAUGGAACCUCAUUCUGCUGUGCAUCUUUACACUUUCCAUGUCAUACAUUACUGGAAUGAUCUCCAGUUAUUAUAAUACCACCUCUGUGAUCCUGUGUCUUGGAAUUACCGCACUUGUCUGCAUUUCCGUCACUUUAUUCAGCUUCCAAACCAAGGUGGAUUUCACUUCCUGUCAUGGUGUUCUGUUUGUGCUCGUUAUGGUUCUUUUCUUCAGUGGCCUAUUCCUUGUGAUCCUAAUCCCGUUUCAAUAUGUGCCAUGGCUUCAUGCAGUCUAUGCAGCACUAGGAGCCAUUGUAUUUACUCUGUUCUUGGCAUUUGACACCCAGAUACUGAUGGGUCGCCGGAGGUUCACACUUAGCCCAGAAGAGUAUAUCUUUGGAGCCCUCAACAUCUAUCUGGAUAUAAUUUACAUCUUCUCAUUUUUCCUCCAGCUGUUUGGCACAACCCAAGACUGAAGAUGUGCAUUAAAUUGCUGAUUUUGCACACAUGCAGUACCUGUGUACAACAUCCCUGUAAUCCAAGAACUCAUUCAUUCUGUCUUGCAUAUUGAUUUACAACCAGUUGGCACCUAUAUGUGAACUGAAACACUAAAUGCCACUUAUGGCAUGACAUACACCUGAUUACCAACAGACCAUUCUCACUUGAUAUCUGAAUAACACUUUCAUGGCUUAAUGUGAACUGAACCUUAAUCAUACAAGG